AUGUACCAUAGCCUUUGCUUGAUGAGGGGAAUGAGAAAAGUUACGGGUUAUGUUUUCGGCUCCAUUUGGUGGGGGUUCGGCCUUAAUCUGAUCGCCUACUUGAUCGCAUCUCAUGUUGCCGGAGGAUGCUGGUACGUCCUAGCGACCCAACGUGUCGUCAUGUGCCUCGAACAACAGUGCCGAAGAAGUGCUCGUUGCGAUAUAUCUUCCUCUUGCUCGAACAGAGUUUGCAGUCAAUAUCCGUUGCCUGCAAGUCGAUGUGGAGGGAACUCAACAUUGACGACUAAAUCAUUUUGUUUCGAUCCCGAUGGACCAUUCCGAUACGGGAUCUAUGAAGCCGCCCUUCCGGUCAUUUCUAGCAACUCUCUGGCAGUUAAGAUUCUGUAUCCCAUAUUUUGGGGCUUAUUGAACCUGAGCUCAUUCGGGAAUGAGCUUAGUCCGACGAGUAGCCCAUUAGAGGUGGUGUUCAGCAUUUGCAUCGUCCUGGGAGGCUUGCUUCUCUUCACCUUGUUGAUCGGGAACAUUCAGGUAUUCCUACAUGUGGUUAUGGCGAACCGCAAAAAAAUGCAGUUAAGGCAUCGAGAUGUCGAGUGGUGGAUGAGAAGAAGGCAGUUGCCUUCCGGUUUAAGGCAACGAGUACGGCAUUUUGAGAGCAAAACAUGGGUUACCAGGGGAGGAGAAGAAGAGAUGAAAUGGAUCGAAGAGCUUCCGGAUGGGCUGCGCAGAGACAUCAAACGCUACCUUUGCCUUGACUUGAUAAAGAAGGUACCACUUUUCCAGAGCUUAGACGAUCUAAUCCUCGACAAUGUAUGCGAUCGUGUGAAGCCUCUCGUUUACUCGAAAGACGAAAAGAUAAUACGAGAAGGAGAUCCGGUGCUAAGGAUGGUGUUUAUCGUCUCCGGACGCGUUACACGUUGCCAAUGCCUCAGCAAAGGCAAAAUAGCCACAAGUAUACUCGAACCAGGUGGAUUUCUGGGCGAUGAACUCUUUUCAUGGUGCCUACGUCGCCCAUUUGUAGACCGUCUUCCGGCCUCAUCGGCUACUUUUAUCUGCAGUGAAUACACAGAAACGUUCGGACUGGAUGCGGAUGAUCUGCGGUACAUUAGCGAACACUUCAGGUACCGAUUCGCAAACAAUCGACUGAAAAGAACAGCGAGAUACUAUUCAUCGAACUGGAGAACCUGGGCAGUAGUGAAUAUACAGCUUGCAUGGAGGUGCUAUAGGAUGAAGAUUAAGUCAGAUCCGUUGACUCCUGUGAUAAUUAAUGAUGGAAUUGAAAGUAGACUAAGAAAAUAUGCUGCAAUGUUCUUGUCAAUAAGGCCACAUGAUCAUCUUGAAUAA